CCAUUGUUAUGAACGUUCUCAAGCCGCCCUCUACCGGCGGCACCAUAGUGGUGGUAAACGACAGGGACACAGAAACAGCUGAUUAGCUUGCUAGCUGUUAGGUGAUGUCUUACUAUGGUCGUGAAUUUGCCUAAAUUAUUAGAUAGUCGUAAUUCAGCUGCCUUUUUAUUUUGCCCAACAUACGCCAUUUCGGGACGAUUUGUGUUUUGCCAUUUUAGGCCAAGCGGAACCAGAACGAGCUAACGUUACUGUAGCCAGCUCGUAAACAUUGGAGACAAAACAACACUAAAAAACCUGAUUUAACAUCGAGCUGAAUUAUGGAUCAAAAUUACACCUUGUAUCCUGUUAAACUGUACGUUUACGACCUGUCUAACGGAAUGGCUCGCCAGCUGAGCCCCCUCAUGCUAGGGAAACAGCUUGAUGGAAUAUGGCACACUGCUAUUGUUGUCCAUGGAGAGGAGUUCUUCUAUGGGGGAGAGGGCAUCGCAAACUGCCCACCUGGUGGGACGUCCCUGGGAGAACCCAACUCCAUAAUAGACCUGGGCAUCACAGAAGUGACUGAGGAAAUCUUUAUGGAGUACCUGUCUUCACUGGGAGAGUCCACGUACAGGGGGAACCAGUACCAUCUGUUUGAGUGGAACUGUAACACGUUCAGUAACGAAGUGGCCCAGUUCCUCACCGGCAGCAAGAUCCCUGCCCACAUCACAGACCUGCCGGCUGAAGUGCUGUCCACACCUUUCGGCCAGGCGCUACGCCCACUUCUGGACUCCAUCAAUAUUGCACCUCAGGGGGGCAACACCUUCAAUGGACAUUAUGGCCAGAGAUAGACCGAUAACAAAGGUGCACAGAGUAAUAUAUUAAACGAUCAGUCAGUCUGUGUGGGGGUGGGGGGGAGAUCUGCAGCUCUGGACCUUUGUAAGUCCCUUACUGAUGUACAGUAGUCAGUCAGUGGGCCAGGCAGCAACCUAACCCAACCUGACCUCUUUAAUACCUUAAAGGCCCAGUGCAGUCAAAAAAGUGAUUUUCCUGUUUUUUUUUAUAUAUAUAUAUUUCCACACUAUGAGGUGUCAAUAAUACAGUGAAAUUGUGAAAAUUAUAAUGCUCUUUUAGUGUAGGAGCUGUUUGAAAAGACCGCUGGAAAUUUCAGCGUAUUUUGGUGGGAUGGCAUUUUGGCCUUUCAUGUUGACAUCACCACGUGGUAAAUUAGUUAAUAGACCAAUAAGAAAGAGUUCCAAAACUCUGCCAAUAUCAGCACAUCUUCAGUUUUCCCCUCCCCACUCAGACCACUCCCAGACAGUCCUAGCAAAAUUAUUUAUUGAGAAAUUCUCUUUGCUAAGAAAUUCUCUUAGUUAUUUUUGACUCAUUUAAAAUAAUCACACUAAGGUACUUAAUUGUUCCCCAGAAAUGAUUUGAUAUUGAGAUAAAAACAGCUGCAUCUGACCUUUUACCCCAGCCCAGCCUGACACUCCCCAGACUUAACAUGAUCCUACCUAACUUACCCCUUUUCCACUAUAAACUUAGGGUAAGUGUAUGAUAAGAUGGAUAUUUCUUCUACUCUCCAUAGGAGCCCAUGAUCAGCUGAAUGUAAAACUAGGGAGCUGCAAGGUUUCUAUCUAGAGCCAGAGCUGCAGCUCUUUCCUGCACAGGGGUGGGUAGGGUGUCCUUUUACCUUCCUGUUAUAAGUAAUUAAGUAAGCUAUUUUAGUGUUUUCAUUGUUCUUUUUUAAUUACCAUGACAUGACUGCAUUGACACUCCAGAGAGGUAGAGAGAAGGGAUAGAGAAGAUGAAAAGAGAAACAAACCACGUUUGAGAUUUUAGCUGGAGACGUGAUAAAAACUAUACAAAUUCUGACUUUGCUCUUGUCUUGAUAUUGUGAACUUGCGUAUUCACUUAUCUUCGUAUCAACUUCCAACUGUCUGGUGUCAAGGUUUAUCCCUUGAAAACAUUGUUACACACAAGCACACACACACACUCAAGAUCAUCAAGCUAUGACCUCGUGUGACCUGUACAGACGUGCUCAAAUUUGUUGGUACCCCUCCACAAAAAAACGAAGAAUGAACUAUUUUCUCUGAAAUAACUUAACUGACAAAAGUAAUUGGCAUCCACUGUUGCUUAUUCCAUAUUUAAUAGAAAUCAGACUUUGCUUUAGAUUUUUUAUUAAACAUAAUAUUUUAAAUAAUAAAACAAAUGAAAAAUGAUGGGACCCUUAACCUAAUAUUUUGUUGCACAACCUUUAGAGGCAAUCACUGCAAUCAAAUGUUUUCUGUAGCUCUCAAUGAGACUUCUGCACCUGUUAACAGGUAGUUUGGCCCAUUCUUCCUGAGCCAACUGCUCCAGCUGUCUCAGGUUUGAUGGGUGCCUUCUCCAGACUGUAAGUCUCAGCUCUUUCCAUAGUUGUUCGAUAGGAUUCCGAUCAGGACUCAUAGAAGAUCACUUCAGAAUAGUCCAAUGUUUUGUUCUUAUCCAUUCUUAGGUGCGUUUAGCUGUGUGUUUUGGGUCAUUAUCCUGUUGGAGGACCUAUGACCUGCGACUGAGACAGAGCUUUCUGACACUGGGCAGUAUGUUUCGCUCCAGAAUGCCUUGAUAGUCUUGAUUUCAUUGUGCCCUGCACAGAUUCAAGGCACCCUGUGCCAGGCGCAGCAAAGCAGUCCCAAAACAUAACCAAGCCUCCUCCAUGUUUCACUGUAGAUAUGUUGUUAUUUUCUUUGAAAGCUUCAUGUUUUCGUCUGUGAACAUAGAGCUGAUGUGACUUGGCAAAAAGCUCCAGUUUUGGAGGACAUUCUCUCAGGAUUGUGGCUUGUCAUUAUGCAUUUUAGAAAAUUCCAGUCUGGCAUUUUUUGUGUUUUUCUUUCAAAAGUGGAGUCCUCCUGGGUCUACUUCCAUGGAGCCCAUUUUCUCUCAAAAAGCGACGGAUGGUGCGAUCAGAAACUGACGUACCGUCACCUUGGAGUUCAGCUUGUAUCUCCUUGGCAGUUAUCCUUGGUUCUUUUUCUACCAUUCGCACUCUCCUUCUGUUCAAUCUGGGGUCGAUUGUCCUCUUCUGGACGCGCCCAGUGAGAUUGGCUACAGAUCCAUGGACCUUAAACUUAAUAAAAUGUGCGACUGUUGUCACAGGAACAUCAAUCUGCUUGGAUAUGGUCUUGUAGCCUUUACCUUUACCAUGCUUGUCUAUUAUUUUCUUUCUGGUCUCAUCAGACAAAUCUCUCCUUUGCUUUACUCUGGUCCAUGUUCAGUGUGGUGACCACAAUGAUACCAAACAGCACAGUGACUACUUUACUCUGGUCCAUGUUCAGUGUGGUGACCACAAUGAUACCAAACAGCACAGUGACUACUUUACUCUGGUCCAUGUUCAGUGUGGUGACCACAAUGAUACCAAACAGCACAGUGACUACUUUACUCUGGUCCAUGUUCAGUGUGGUGACCACAAUGAUACCAAACAGCACAGUGACUACUUUACUCUGGUCCAUGUUCAGUGUGGUGACCACAAUGAUACCAAACAGCACAGUGACUACUUUUCUCCAUUUAAAUAGGCUGAAUGACUGCUUACAAGAUUGGAGAUACUAAUUAAAGAAACAAAUUACUUUGAAAUAUCACUAUAAUGAAAUUAUUUAUUCUAUUUUCUAAGGGGUACCAACAUGUGUCCAGGCCAUUUCAGAAUAUCUUUGUAGAAUAAGCAAUAAUUCAUCUCUUUUCACAGCUUCUUUGCUUUAUUCUAUGACGUACCAACGGCAUGCAAGUAUACCGCUUUUAAUUUACUCACUUUUCAUGAGGAAUGAAGCAUUAUUUCAAUGAGCUGUAAGGGCACCAACAAAUUUGAGCAUGUCUGUAUGUAGGAUUUUACAGUAAUACACUGAACAAAUGCAUCUUUCCAGAAUUGGUAUACUUAUACCUUUCAAAAUAGCAGGAAUGCACCAUAUCUAGGCAUUUUCAAAGAUUGGAAUGUUGUUGAGUCUCUGUACUGUUUUCUUGCAAUCAGUGUGCAGCCUAAUGUUGUUCCAGCAUAGGAAAUCACUCUCCAUAUCGAGAGUUAUGCCAACCGCCAUUCACUUUUUUCCUGAUAUCAAGUGUCUGUGAUUUUGAUGGCAUUAUUUGUUUGUUUUGAUCUGUUUAUUUAUUGUAAUAUUAUAUACACAAGACUGUCUUUGUAAGUUACAUACUUUAAUUUAUUACCUAAUGUCAUUAUGAGCAUACAUAUCAUUAUUAUUGUAUUAUCAAGAUUUAAUAUAUUCGGUAAUUCACAUUUGGUAUUAAGUCAAAGUUGUGAUACCCCCAAAAUGUCCAUCCUUACUCUGUCCACUAUUGUGAUGUAAAGAUCCUGUUUAUAUUUAACGAAACUCUUGCCUCUGCUUGAUAAAGACAACUUUUCUCUAAG